CAUCAAACAAGCAACAUGGUGGACGAAGUGUAUAUAUUUCUGAGCAGAGAUUUUUGUAGAAUUUGAGCGGUCUAGAAGCAUAAUUCAUUAGAUAUAUCGUUUAUAAAGCUACCUCUGAAUUUGCCUUUUCUGAAAUGGAUAAAGAAGAAGAAAMACGGAAGAAAAAAGUCGACACGGCAGUAAAGUUUCUGCAGAACCCACGUGUUCGUCAGACUCCAAUGAGUCAGAGGAGGGCUUUCUUAGAGAAGAAAGGUCUGUCCAAGGAAGAGAUAGAGGAGGCUAUUUCUCUGUCUGGUACAGCUGCAGAUGAACACRUAGUCCCAUCGUCGGCAGUUGUCCCAUCUCAACCUGGGCUACCACCCCCUCCCCCACCACCUCCUACCAUACCCUGGAGGGGUUAUUUUGGUGCUGCUGUAAUAGGAGGCAGCCUUGGUUACCUGGUUAUCAAUCUUAUAAAGGUAAACCGGCUAAUCACAAUCUGUCAAUCAUACAAGCAGCCAAUCAUAAGCCAUUUUAUGUCUGUGCUAAUCAUAAAAUCAGCCAAUCAUGAACAGUGUUAUGUUCCUCAUUAUGAAGUCCCAUCGUCGGCAGUUGUCCCAUCUCAACCUGGGCUACCACCCCCUCCCCCACCACCUCCUACCAUACCCUGGAGGGGUUAUUUUGGUGCUGCUGUAAUAGGAGGCAGCCUUGGUUACCUGGUUAUCAAUCUUAUAAAGACAUAUGUCAUGCCAUUGAUAUUCAAUUUGAAGCAAAAAGAGGAAACGUUGGACAAGUUAGAAAUAGCUGUUUCACAGACGAAUGCUAGUGUGACACAAGCUGUUGGAUCAGUGCAGACAUCAUUGGAAUCAGUACAGGAAAUACUUGGAGAACAAAGAAGAAUGAUUCAAAGUCUUUCUKCUGACCUUGCACAAACACAAGACAAACUUGCAGGUCUUCCUACUGACAGCUAUUCUGUYGGUGACUUGAAAUCAGAAAUAGUAUCACUUAAAGGACUGUUACUCAAUAGGAAGCAGUUUCCACCUGCAGUAAUUAGUACUCCACAGUCUCUUGGCAUUCCUGCCUGGCAAAGAUCAACAACACCAUCUACUGUACCGCUGACUGCUGAAAAAGAUGAURAAAGUAUUGACGAUUCCAAGGGAAUCACRGAUCACUCACACAUUAAUGGAACUUCUAACGAAUCAGAGAACAGUAAAAAUCAAGAAACAUUAAGUUCAAGCUCCUCCAGCAGUGCAUGCACACCAGAAACGAUGAAACAUCAAGACUCCCACAUGGAUAAGAGCAUGAUGAACGAUGCUUUGAUAGCAGAAGGCGAUAUCAGCAACGAUACCACAGUCUCCUCUCUGUCUGAUUUGUCCGCGAAUGCCUCGUUCCAUGAAGCGUCGAUUGCAUUCUCUUCAACGUGUAUUAAGAUUCCUUCUGACGGUACUUCCGCUGUAGAUGAUUCCACGGCUGAAGAAACACAGGAAGUAGAUUGAACAUCAAUUUUCUUCAUGUAUUAGUUGCAUUUGAAAAAGGACUGGAAUGAGCAUUGACUCGAGGCUUAGUAAAUCGGCAUUGCGCAUCGUUUCGGUGGACCGCAGUGCACAAUAAUAGUUAUGCCCUCGACAUGGUGUGCGAUGAUAUUAAGAAAUACUUUUGUAAAUUCUACCAAAAAAUUGAAAAUAAAUCUUUCAUUAAUCUA